CAUUUCUUCCAUGUGUUUUCACUAACGUUUUACGUUUUAAUUACAGACACGGCAAAUAUAAUACCUAUAUCAAAGAAAUUGAAAAGUGAACUAAAUUACAGCAGUCCGCAGAAUAACCCCGUGUCUACCCUGAACCAACUGAAACCAGGCCUUACAUAUGAGACUGUUGAACAGAUUGGUCCUGCGCAUUCGCCUAUCUUUCGUAUUGCGGUGACCGUUAAUGGACGUACAUAUUUAGGAAGCGGAAGCAGUAAAAAGUUAGCGAAAAAUAAAGCUGCCGAGCAGGCGUUACAAUCUUUUAUACAAUUUCCAAACAAUGUCAACCACUUCCCAUCUGCAAAUGUUACCAAUGUUGACUUCACUAGGGAUCAUUUUGAACAAAAGAAAGUUGUUAAAGAACCUGUAAAGGAGUUAUCACCCACGCAACCAAAUCUAGUGAAUAAUACUGGACAACCAAAAAGCUCUGUUAUGGUUCUAAAUAUGUUAUACCCACAUGUGAAAUACGAGUGUGUAGAAAAUGGAAAUGACGCAAGUUCACGUUUUAAGGUGAUCGUUACUAUAGGAGAAGAUUUGUUCACUGGGACAGGUCCCAAUAAGAAAGCUGCCAAGAAUGCUGCCACGACUAUUGCUCUAUCGAAAUUGUUGGGUGACACUGGAGCUGUGUUGGGUACAACGUCUCCAUAUCGGAAACAAAGUGUAACAUCUGAACAACAGCAUCUUGCAGAUUGCAUUUCUAGUUUAAUUAUGGACAAAUUCCACGAUGUUAUGAAGAAUAAUAGUUUUCAUACCAAAAGAAAAGUCUUAGCUGGAAUUGUUAUGGGAAAGGGACCAGAUCCAUCUACCUUAGAAGUAAUUGCAGUAACCACAGGUACAAAGUGUGUAUCAGGAGAACAUAUAAGCAUAACUGGUGUUUCUUUGAAUGAUUUACAUGCUGAAAUACUUGCGCGAAGAUGUUUAUUACUAUAUUUAUACGAUCAGUUAGAGUUGGCGUUCAGCAAUGAAAUCGAAAACAACUCAGUUUUUGAGUUAACAUCAGAUCAACAAAGAUUCCGAUUGAAACCAAAUAUUCAGUUUCACUUGUACAUCAAUACAGCCCCUUGCGGCGACGCAAGAAUAUUUUCCCCGCAUGAAGACAGUGAGGAUGUAGAUUCACAUCCUAUGCGGGCGUCUAGAGGCAAAUUGCGAAGCAAAAUUGAAGCUGGAGAAGGUACCAUUCCAUUACCAAAACGUGUAAAUCAGACUUGGGAUGGCAUUUUGCAGGGUGAAAGAUUGAUGACUAUGUCAUGUUCUGAUAAGAUAGCUCGAUGGAACGUAUUAGGCUUACAAGGAGCACUUUUAUCUCAAUUUAUUGAACCUAUUUACCUGAGCAGUAUUGUUCUUGGAAGUUUAUUCAAAGAAAUGCAUCUGCGUAGAGCACUUUACGGUCGAAUUGAAAAUACACUUCAAGGUCUUCCGCCUCCAUAUUUAUUGAACAGACCACUCAUGCUUUUGACAACAUCGCUGGAAGGGAGGCAGCCUUCAAAAGCGCCCAGCUUUGCUGUGAACUGGGUAUUAGGAUGUGAUACCAUUGAAAUUAUAAACACUACGGAAGGAAAACCAGAUAAUGGGUACUCAAGACUCUGUAAACAAAACUUAUUGAACCGUUUUACCAAUCUAUGUUCAACAGUUGAUAUAGAGCAACCACAUUACUACUCUGAAGCGAAAUCAUUAGCAAGUAACUACAACGUUGCAAAAGCUCGACUGUUUGAGGCGUUUAGUAAAGCUGGAGCAGGAGAUUGGGUGAAGAAACCCAUUGAACAGGACGAAUUUGAACUAAAGGCUCAAAUGUAAAUACUCGAUUACUUUUAAGAAAAAAUUUUUCCAAGCAACCGUUGUAGAUUUUAGUUUUAUUCCAUAAUGAGAAUAAAUUACGUUUCUGGACAUUUGUUUUAAAAUUAAAUAUACAUAUUGUAAUGUCGUUCUACUAUGUUUUGUUUUAAAAACAUAACUGGAAGUGAAAUGAGUAUCCAAAUUUUUUAUAUUGAAUUUUGUAGACAUGACAUAAUACACAUAAUUAGUACAGUUCUCACUUGUAAAUUGGAUUUGUGUAGAAAUGCAACACUAAAUUAGGUUACAUAUAAAGACUCAUGCCCACAUAUCAUAAGCAAGUGGAAAAACCUCUGUUGUGUCAUGCCUGUAUCAAUUCAAGAAUAUCAGUAUUUUUUAGUUACAUGACUAUUUCCUUGUAGACCUGUAAAUAUGUAGACUAUUUGUUUCAUUUCACAAAUUUGUGGUUUUAUGUAACUACAUCGAAUUAAACUUAUUUAAACAA